UCAGGCUGCAUGAUCAACUGAUGGACACACAGAGGCUCACUUGCUUUCUCUUUCACUGAUCUAUAUUGUGUCUUUUACGGACAGGACAUUGGUUGUUUUGUGGACUUUCUUUGCGUUUUCUUCUUUGCGUUUUCUUCUUUGACUUAUCUGCAAGGUUAAAUUGAGUCUUAACCUUCUUUCCCCUCACCCUCUUGGAUCUUCUGUUUUCUCCUGUUGGGAUUUUUUUCCCCCAGCCUAAUUGCUUGCUCUUCUGUGUGCAUAUCAACCCUUCCUUUUCCCCGGCUCUCUUUCUCCUUGUCCUCCCAUCUUCCACCGUUCCCUGUCUCCUUGUGCGUGGUGUUUGGGCCAUGCUCUCCUCACCCACUGUGAUUCUCCAGCCUUAUGGACUCCCUGUCUACCCACAGACAACCACAUGCUACCCCAGCAUAGUUCAGGGAGGCGCCUCUCAGGAGGCCGGCCCCGGCAGCGGCGACCCCACCCUGCCUCAGGUCUACGCCCCUCCUCCCUCCUAUCCCCCGCCUGGUCAAGGUCCGCCAACAUCUGUAGGCAGACUGCCACCUCUUGAUUUUACCAGUGCACACCCCAGCUCAGAGUACCCCGAACAUCCCCAACUCAGAGUCUAUCAGGGUCCUCAGCUCGACGGGGCAGAGGCUCUGACAUCCAGUAACACGGAGGAUGGCUUGGCCCCUGUGACCUCUGACCCCCAGUCUCUGAGCAUGUCCGUGUCAUCAGCGGGCGGAGCAGGAAGUGGAAGCGAUGAGGAGGGGUCAGGUAAGGCUCAACCGAAACGCCUUCACGUCUCCAACAUCCCUUUCCGCUUCAGAGACCCGGACCUUCGCCAGAUGUUUGGGCAAUUUGGGAAGAUCCUUGAUGUAGAAAUUAUCUUCAAUGAGAGGGGGUCCAAGGGCUUUGGGUUCGUCACCUUCGAGAGUGCGGGCGAGGCUGACCGAGCAAGAGAAAAGCUGAAUGGGACGAUUGUGGAAGGGAGAAAGAUUGAGGUUAAUAACGCCACUGCAAGAGUAGUUACCAAGAAGCCACAGACGCCUCUAGUGAAUAGUGAAAUCUCAACUUCUGGAUGGAAGAUCAACCCCGUCAUGGGGGCGAUGUACGCACCUGAACUCUAUACAGUUGCCAGUUUCCCAUAUCCCGUAGCAACUCCCACAUUGGCCUACCGGGGCUCUGCGCUGCGAGGUCGAGGCCGAGCCGUCUACAACACAAUUCGCUCUGCUGCAGCCACGCCUACUGCUGUACCCACCUACCCUGGGGUGGUAUAUCAGGAUGGACUGUAUGGAGCAGAAGUCUAUGGUGGCUAUCCUGCAGCUUACAGAGUGGCUCAAUCAGUAUCUGCUGCCACAGCAACCUACAGUGAUGGAUACGGACGCAUUUACACCACAGCUGCGGAUCCCUAUCACCACUCAGUUGGACCAACAACGACAUAUGGAGUUGGUACAAUGGCCAGUUUGUACAGAGGAGGAUAUAACCGCUUCACCCCGUACUGAGCCACCCACUGGUGGGAAGACAUCUCUUUUGAACUCUGGGAUUGGCUGAUCCACGGACACUGCACAAUAGAUUGUGAGAUCCUUGGAAAUGUGGAAUGUUUUACUUCCUGCCUCCAUCACAACCUCUCCUCGAGAGACUAAACAGACUGAAGUUGUAAAUAGUGUAGGACCCAUUUACUGUCCAUUCUACUGACGAAUAGCACCUGGAAGAGGAUGUUAUGUAAUAUAUAGACUUAAAACCUUUAAAGGAUUAUUGCUUUCUGAAUUUAAAGAGUAGUGAUCUUGGCUAACACUACAGAAGUGGGUGAAAAAUACUGUGAGAAUGAAUUUUGUGAAUAAUAUCUGCAAGAUUCACGGGUCAAACUGUACAAAACAAAGUUUGUUUAAUGACUUAUUUUUAAUGACUAAUUAUUUACUAAAUCUCUGUUUGAGUGUGUGUGUGUGUGUGUGUGUGUGUGUGUGUGUGUGUGUGUGUGUGUGUGUGUGUGUGUGUGUGUGUGUGUGUGUGUGUGUGAGUGUGGGUGUGUGUGAGUGUGUGUGAGUAUAUGAGUGAGGUUAUGCAUCAACACUGUUUAGUUACCCAGUCGACCGAGACAGCUGUGACACUGGUAUCAUUAUUACAAACAACGGAAUUAAUGUUGGUCUGGAUGUAGUUGGAAUUUUAUUUGUUUUUGUGCCUUUCUAACAAUCUACCUCUCAUACAUUUUUAGCUUUUAAUACAGCUGUCAUAAUUAAUCCUGUAUCAUUUUCUGUGUUUGUGAUCUUUGAUUCUGCAGAAUUUUUUUUUCUUUUCACUUUUCUGUCCAUAAAUGCUCAUUUAACAUAUUUUCUGUUUCUGGGGCUCUGUACCUCACAACCCAAUGAGCCUUUAACUAUUGAGGGUUAUUUUUCUGAGAUUUUUCUGAGAUGCUUAAACCCUGUUUUACUUUCACACAGUUAUACACAUGCACAACUAGGAAUUGCAGUAAGAAGCGGUCUUUUGCUGUUGGCUUUGCUGCACAACCUGAGGUUGAAAGGCAGUAGAAUAUAAAUGUUUCAGGCUGCGUCUCUCAUCUUUAUGCUGCAGAUAUAACUGCUCACUGUGUAAGAGUUCACAUAUCCUAUUCUGUUCUAUUCAAACUCGUCUAAUGUUGCCUUAUUCCACUCUUUACUGUCAUCCUUUCCUGUAUUUUCUCUCUCCUUCCUCACUGUUGAAUGACUUCUCGACUUGUAUUGAUCAUUUCUUCUCAGCCUACUCUUUGUUUCGUUGCACUCUUUCCUGCUGUGUUUGAUGUUUACCUCUAAAUAAAACUGGUUUCUCUCUUUUCCUCUUCUGUCCUUUAUUGAUUCAUAACAUUUUCCAAGGUUUUGUUUUAACUUACUGUGUCUUUGUUUUUAUUUAUUUCUAUGCUGCUUUGAUGCCAAAGAAGACUUGUAAUUGAUUUGAAUUUAAUGUAAAAGUAACUUGACUGACUUCAUCCCAUCACAUCACAUGUGCCUGGAUCAUUUCCAUCAGGACUUAUACAGAAACCCAAGCAGCCUCUUUCCUUCUAUUUCUUGCUUGUAUUUAACUUGUUUCGCUCUUGUACUCCUUUUCUAAUUUCAGUGCUUACUACCUACUUUCUGAUCUAAUUUUUUUUAGGUUUCAUUAAAGGUGCAGUUGUACCAGUAUAACACUUGAUAUAGAAUUGAAUCUUUCUUUUUAACUUCCGUCUUUUCUCCGUGGGUGAUUGUUACCUUUGCUUCUGACUUUCUGUCUUUUUGCAUGAUGCAUAAUUCUUCUCUUCUCAUUUUCUCUCUCCUGCUCCUGUAUACUGUGUAGAUCUAGCUUUCUUGUCAUUAAUUUGGCUGUUUGUUCCUUGCCUGUUAGUGCUUAGUUCUCUGUUCAUUCUGAACUAGUUUUGCAGCUCUACUUUUGCUAAUUUCUCUUUCAUCAGUAGCUCUAGUUCUGUUGUUCUUUAUGGUUUAUUUUUCAUCUUGCGUUGAAACGAUUACUCUAACUGGACAGCUAUGUCUAUUAGGCAAUGCCCAGACUAUUUUUUAGUAAAUUUGCAAACUGUGCACGUGAGAUUAAUUAUACAGCUGUAAACUCUCUAAAUAUAUAGCUUUUUAACGCACAUUUAAUAAUACAAUUGUUAACAAACACACAUGUACUGGUCUUUUGCAGAACUUUUGACCAAAGUCUUAUUAGAUUUAAUGUGAAAAUACCUUUUAUAACUUUUAUUACUGUAUAUGGGGCUUAAUGAAGACAAUCUAGAGGUACAUCAAGUAAAAACACUUCAUUGUAUUUUGAGGCAUGUAAAACCAGACUUUCAUUAGAGAUUUAUGCAGGAAUGUAGUUCUUUCCUUUGACUUUCUGUAUACACCUUUCAACCUUCAAACAAUAUUUCCUGCUGUUCUUCUUUCCUGUUUAAUUUUCAUUUUAUUAAACUUAAUUGCAUGAGCUCAAUCUUUUGCUGUUCUUUCCUCUUUUUUUUUUAAACCAAUCACAUGUAAUUUUAUAUAUAAAUUUCUUUGACUACUGCUGUAUUUUCUAUCAUUUUACCUGUAACAUGUUUUUCAACCUAUCAUGAAACAAACUCUUUUCUUUUCCAACUACUCCAUUCCCUUUGACGUCAUCUUAUACCUCAAAUGUGUUGGCCGAUAUAAACACGUCAAACAUAGCUGUAUAAGGGAAAACAUGGAAGUGAAUACCUUCAUUGUAUCAAGUAACCACUCAAGUCUCUCACUCGACAUUUAUCCCUCAAUAAACUGUUCAUACAAAA